AUAGGAGCCAGUUUGAUUUAGGCCUGUAGUUGGUAGCAAAACAAAAACUUCAAACUCCCAAAAUGGCACUUAAUUCCGUCGAUAUUAAAACCAUCUACGCCGAAGACUCAAAACUUGAAGAAAAGAACGUCAACGCACUUGUAAAAUGGGUUGAAAACCAACCCCAUUUACCUAAAAUUGGCGAUUUUGAGGCCUUCUUAUUUCUAAAAAAAAGUCACUAUAGUUUAGCUCAUGCUCAAACCACAAUAGACACAUUCUUUACUUUGAAGAACUUAUGGCCAGAAGCAUUACUUGAAACGAAUUUUGCAAAUUCUCCACAACUACAAGAAAUUUUUGACACGAUGAUAAUCAUGGUACUACCUAAACGAACCCCCGAAGGCAAUGCUAUACUUUUUCUAAAACCCCUGAACGAAAACAUGAUUAACUUUAACCUCGAAUCUUUCAUAAAAUACGUACAUAUGGUUUGCAUGCUGGAUGUGUAUCUCAACGGUCCACCAAAUGGACACGUAAGUGUCUACGAUAUUGAGCAUUUUCCGCAGUGUUUCAUACCCGAGAUGGACUAUGGUACUUUGAAGAAUUUUUUUUAUUACAUUGAGGAAGCCGUACCGACCAUGCUAGUCAAAGAGAUACAUUUUUAUAACACAAACCCAAACAGGGAUGAAAUCGUUGGUAUUUACGAAUCUGUUGUUCCCAAAUCGCUUCUGCGUAUGGUAUUCACCCACGAAUCGUUGGACGACCUCAGGAAAUACGUACCUAAAGAAUGUUUGCCUGAGGAAUGUGGUGGAUUAUUGGAACCUGCGGCUGUUUUACAUGAGAAAAGCAAACGGGAGUUGGUGAAGAAUGGUGCUUUCUUUGAGUCGCAUGGUCAACUAGUGGUUGAUGAGAGUAAAAGACCGGUUGGCAACAUGAUUGCUCAGAAUAUGUUUGGUUUUAAGAAAUAAUCAUGUGGGGACAAUUAAAGUAAAGUUCCACUGGUUGUGUUUUUGGGGUUUUUAAUAAGUAACCUACGUACAUACUUAAAAUAUAAUUUUUUAGCUGACAAA